AUGCCUUCGUGGAUGGAGUCUAGCUGUCCUCGCCUCAAUCGCUCAAUAGUGAUUGGCUCCAAGCCUCCAAUUAAAUAUGGUGUAACUGGAGUGGAGAUUCAUUUCAAAAUGGCAUUCCGCCUCUACAAGUUCCAGCUGAAAAAAAAGGGUCAAAAUUUGGCAGCGUACCUGAAGACUCUGUGCCGUUCACAUGGAUCCUCCAGUAUUGUCCCCGAUUAUGUCAACAGGAUCCGGGAGCUUGAGCAGGAGAAUGGUAUCCUUUUGGAGCAGAUAGCCUUGCUCCGAGAGUCGAGCAGCUUCUCUCGCUUCACGGAGGAUCUAGCACCGGCGAGUUCCCAGCAGCACGAGCAAAGACCCCUACGGAAUUCUCUCGACCGUUUCCACUUUCCCGCCAUCGUGCGCUCGACAACUUGUGCUGGUCCUGAUUGCACCUUUUACGAUGUUCGUACCUGUCCUCAUUACCGUAAGUAUCCUGAGUUAUAUCCGGAAUACAGCGUGCGCACUGUUUUGUCGAUGGAAGAUCUCUUCGCAUCGAGUGGUAUGAUGGGAGGAUAUGGAUAUGGAUAUGGCGUGGCAGGGUACUAA